AUGUCACGAGUGUCUGUCACCGCCGUCGCUGCUUCUUCCUCUGCCACCUCUCCCUCCUCCUCCUCCUCCUCUUUGCCACCUUCCUUCCGCCACCAAGAUGCUCUGUGGCAAAUGAACUUGAGAUCAAGGGAAGCAAUGGAGCCUGGACCUUAUCCCGUGCGUGAAGGUGAACCGGACUGCUCAUACUACAUUCGAACAGGCCUAUGUAGAUUUGGAUCUACUUGCCGAUUUAAUCAUCCUUCUAAUAGGAAACUUGCUAUCGCCACAGCAUGGAUGAACGGAGAGUACCCAGAAAGAAUAGGACAACCAGAAUGUCAGUAUUACUUGAAAACUGGUACCUGCAAGUUUGGACCUACAUGCAAGUUUCAUCACCCUAGAGACAAAUCUGGAAUUGCUGGAAGAGUUGCCUUGAAUGUUUUGGGUUAUCCACUUCGCCUGAAUGAGGUCGAAUGUGCCUAUUAUUUGAGAACUGGACAAUGCAAGUUUGGGAACACUUGUAAAUUCCACCACCCCCAGCCAUCCAACGUAAUGGUCUCUCUACGUGGUUCUGUCUAUCCUCCUAUCCCUUCUUCAACAACUCCUGGUCAGCUAUCAUUUCCCUUGUCAAGAGCUUCUUAUGUUCCGAGUCCAAGGUGGCAAAGCCCUUCAAGUUAUGCACCGGUGAUUAUGCCUCAGGGAGUGAUAUCAGUUCCCGGAUGGAACCCAUACACUGCUCAGCUGGUUUCUGUUUCAUCUUCAGAAAGCCAACAUCCAACAGCAGGAAACGGCUCACAUCAGGGUGAAGCUGCAAGCACAGGAUCUCAGUUUCGUUCUGGUUCUACACCUAUGGGGUAUUAUGCAUUGCAGAGAGAUAAUGAGUUUCCUGAGAGACCUGGCCAGCCAGAAUGCCAAUUCUAUAUGAAAACUGGGGACUGCAAAUAUGGUGCAGUCUGUAAAUUUCAUCACCCCAGAGAGAGAAUUAUCCCCGUUCCAGAUUGUGUCUUAAGUCCAAUCGGGCUUCCUUUGAGGCCAGCAGAGCCUCUGUGUCUUUUCUACUCUCGAUAUGGAAUCUGCAAGUUUGGUCCAAGUUGCAAGUUUGACCACCCAAUGAGGGUUUACACACACAAUUUUGCUGCAUCAUCAUCAGGCGACACUCCAGAAGUUCGCCGUUUUUGGGCUUCAUCAUCAGGAACUGGUGUAUUAAGUUUGCCCGGGAAAGGGCUUGUGGAAGCAGGCUCUACAAAUAACAGGCGAAUAUCUUUCUCUGAAGGAAGACAGAUUCCCUCUGGUGAUGAUUAA